CACCCCCUCCAAAGUCCACUCGGAACAACGCCCCGCUGCCCCAGGCCGGGGGAGCCGGCGCCCCCGGCUCCAGCUGGGCCCCCGGUGAGCACGUGGGCACCCCCCGCCCCUGCUCCCCGCCCUCCGCUAGGACGUGCUGGGCCGGCCACCCUAUCCCCGGCUGACCUUCUAUCCCCUGCUCCCCGCACCCCUCCGGGAAGCCUCUGGCCCCCGGGGCUUUCUCGUGGGGUCUGUGGCAGAUGUUUGUGGGCCGGCCCCGGGGGCUGCCUAGUUCUUUCUGACAAACCCGCUCUGUGCUGGUAAGCCCAUGGCAGCACCCAAAGACCAACUCCGGAACCCCUCUGUGCUCGUCGGCCCUGGGUGGGGGGUGGGGGAGCCAAUUGCUGGCCCGAGAGGUCCGUAGCCCGACCGGCCCACUAGCCAGCCAGGGAACCUAUUUUACGGCCAAAUAGGUUCCUUUUCCUCAUCCCGGAAGAGCUGACUUCGCUCUGGGGCAGCUGAACCCGAACCUCUGUCACAUGCCUUUAGCAUUUCGAAUGUAAAAGUUAAGGACGGUCUUUGUGUCACUCUCCCCUGCCCCCAUGCUCUCUUCCUGCUUACCUCCCCUCCCCCCCAAGAGGCAGAAGUAUAAAAUGUCCCUUUUUAAAAGGCCCAGAUUGACUUCCUGCCUGGCAAUCAUUGCCCUAUUAUCAUCCAUAUAAAUUCCUCCUAUUGUUCCGUGGCCUAGAAAAGUAUUCUUAUCUUUCAUCGUUCUGACUUAACUCCUUACACACUGAAAAUUGCUCUACACUGGGAUUUUUCCUUCGCUUUUUUUCCUUUGCUUUGCUUUCCCUGGGCCAGCAGUGACGGGUUUAGCCCCUUCAGCCUCACCCCACCCUUUCCCCCAUAGGGGAGAGAAUGGGGUCCCAUGUUCAAUAAGUUCUGGAGGCCCCCCUCCAAGGUUGGCUUAGAGAUAUUUCCCCCCCCAGUGGUCAGCUUUGCCAGGCUGCUGUGAAGAAUUGUUAUCUGGUCAGAGCUGCUUAACUGGGGUGCUCAUUGUGGGCAGUGCUUACCACACUAGGGGCUCCUGGUAAAUGUUGCCUCACCAGCUGGACCAGAUCAGGUGGCCUUGUUUGCCCAAGGCCUUUCUCAGUACUGUGGAAGUCGGGCAAGGAGAGUCCAUGUCCAGCUCCCAGGAGAAUGUAUUUAUGGGCCAGUCAAAGAUCUAUUCCUACAUGAGCCCCCACAGAGCCUCUGGAACUCGUCCUCCACUCCAGGAGGAAAACUCUGUUGCACAUCAUGACGUCAAAUGCCAGGGGAAAGCCUUAACCGAAUUGCACAAGAAAGGAGAGGAGAAAAGAAUUAGCGGCAAUGCACCGGCGAGCACUAUGAAAUCAGAAGAGCAGAAAGGCAAAGAACUGAGGAGGGAUUCUCUGGAGCCCCUUCCAAACCAUAAAACCAUAGCUGCAGGAAACCCCAAAGCCAUGGCGCUGCCCGCCAAUGCUGCUGAUGCUGCCAGCGCGAAGCACGCCCCGAAGAAACCCCCCAAAACCAAGCAGGCCUCGAGGAGAAAAGCUCAGGGAAAAACUCAACAGAAUCGCAAAGUCACUGACUAUUACCCUGUGAGACGGAGCUCCCGCAGAAGUAAAGCUGAGCUACAGUCAGAAGAAAAGAGAAAACUGGAUGAAUUGAUUGAAAGCGGGAAGGAAGAAGGCAUGAAGAUCGAUAUCAUUGAUGGCAAAGGCAGAGGAGUGAUCGCCACCAAACAGUUUACAAGAGGGGAGUUUGUGGUCGAGUAUCACGGAGACCUCAUCGAGAUCACAGAUGCUAAGAAGCGCGAGGCUCUCUAUGCUCAGGACCCUUCCACGGGCUGCUACAUGUACUAUUUUCAGUACCUGAGCAAAACCUACUGUGUGGAUGCCACUCGAGAAACAGAUCGUCUCGGGAGAUUGAUCAAUCACAGCAAGUGUGGUAACUGCCAAACCAAACUCCACGACAUUGACGGCGUGCCUCACCUCAUCCUCAUCGCCUCGAGGGACAUCAAAGCUGGCGAAGAACUUCUCUAUGACUAUGGUGACCGCAGCAAAGCUUCCCUGGAAGCCCACCCGUGGCUCAAACACUGAUCCGUGCUUCACUGGACAAAGUCCCCUUGAAGGGAAUUAGUUUUUUGGGGGGGUUUUUUUACACCUAAUCUUAGUGGAUUACUUCUGAUGUUUUUAAAUCUAUUAAAAUGCCUUUUCACUGUAGUAUUUAAAAAAAAAAUCUGCUGCAGGUUCCCUCCCCGGCAGGCUUGCGCAGAUGGCCUUAGGUUACCAAAACCUUUUCUAUUUCUAGUUCUUUUGUAUGUUUUUGCAAACAGACAAAUCUGGGCUUCCCAUGCAUGCAGUCAAAGACUUGGUGCAGGUUUUAUAGGGAGAUGAAAAUCCAAAUUGUGGACUUGAGUAGUCCCACUGCCUCCCACUACAUACAUAGCAAUGACUUUCCAUAUGAGGAAGCAGGACAGGAUGGAACAUACCUGCCUACUUUCCUCUUCUCCAACUUCUUGUCCUAAUAAUGACUUGACAUGUGUACAUAUAUAUAUAUAAUAUAUAUUUUUAAUGUUUCAUAACAGGCCAGUCCCUUCCCCUCCCCACCCUUUUGCUUUUGAAAGCUUCCUGUCCCCGAACCACCACCACCACACAUCCCACUCAUCGCUGCUCUUUUCUCAGGCUGCCCCAUUUGGGGUACCAAUACCCUUCCCGGCCCCCCACCCCCCAGCUGCUCAUCCUACCAGACAUGGGCAGGAAAAAGUCUCUGAAUGCCAUUCCCACCCUUCCUCCCCUCUCCCAGAGCAGGGCUUCCUAAACCGGGGCUUAAUCCUCUAGAAAUGUGAACACUGAAUUUAUUCAAUAAUAACUACUUAGAUGUAUUAUAAGUUAUUGAGCGAGUCAAGUUGCUGAGUUCUUGUAGAAGAAAUUCAAGAUGGUACUUUAUACUUUAUUCUGUUUGAAAACAUUUCUCUAGCGGGACCAGAAAUCUUCCCAUCUUCCUCUUCUCCAUCACCCCUACAUACCUGGUUUUUUGUUUGGUUUGAUUUUGGGUUUGUUUUUUCUUUUUUUUUUCCCUGGAUAGAAUCAGCAAGAUUCGCUUAUGCUUUAUAGCAGGUAACCUGGUGGGUUUCCUGAGUACACAGCUAUGAACUGAAAUAGAUGUCUCUUUGAGAGAGAAAAGUAGGAGCCCAGCCUCUGGUGGGUCACAGUGUCCUAGGCAUUCCAGCAAGGGGGCAAGGGCUUCAGGCUCAGGGCUGAAAGAGGACGAGAUGGGACUUCUGGCUUCAGCUGAGAUGGGGAGGUGGCUUGUCCCUCUCACAGAGCAGAGCCGAUGACCAUUUCAGUCAGCGGCCAGGGGACUGGAGUGGGUGAGCAAUGAUGACCUUGGCAGCACGCCCCCCUGGCUGCAGGGAAACCUGAAAUGGGGAAGAACAAACAGGGCUCUCCCCUCCUCCUUUCUGUUCCCCUCGGCUUUGUCAUGGUGCUACCUAAGAAAGUCUUCCCCUCACCUUCCCUGGUCAUCAGGGAGUUGGAGAAUCAAUCAGAUGGGCGUGUGUCAAUGUGAGCUUAUUUGUCUUGGUUGUACCUGUUUGUGGUUAAGCCUUGAAUUUUAAAAGCAAACUUGAAGAGUAUUUGCCUCUGUAAAAAAAAAAAACAAAACAAAAAAAAGGAUAAAAAAAUUAAAAUAUUUAUUGCCAACUGCCUCCUAGAUUUUGUUUUGUUUUUCCAACUCUUAUAAGACCAUGGAUGGGUAGGAAUGACUGAAACUCCAAAACCUUGGUGGUUUUUUCUCUAGUUUGCAUAGAAAUUUGUUGGGGCAUGUUAUCUAUUGAAAAUGAAUUGAGUUGGUAUUCAGAAAGUUUUCUUAUAUCUGCUUGUUCUUUAACCAAACCUAGCAAGCUUUGGGAUUCAUGAGAUCAUGGAAUGUCAGAGCUGGAAGGGUAGAGAAUGUUGGCAGCCAGGGGAUGACUCCUUAAGACUGUAGGGACCUUGUUUGUCAUCGUAUCCAUCUCACUCCCACCCCCAUUUUCAGGUGAGGAAAGUGAGACUUGAGGAGAAAAUGAUCCAUACUGGAUGAGUAGCCACGGUGGUUCUCGAACCUGGAUCUUUGGAUUCCAGACCCGAGAAUGCUGUUCUAUGCCCUUCUCGUUUUAGUUAUUUGUGGAUAGACCAUACGCCCCUUCCCCACACCCCUCCUAGUACUAAGCGCUUAUACGAAAACAAUCUGGACAGCAUUGAAUUAGCUCUCAGUUUGGAGUCAGAAGAUCCUAGAUUUAAAUCAUGGCUCUCAUGAUUGUGGCCUCAGUAUCUGCAAAUGGCCUCUAAGUCCCUUCCAGGUCUAAAUCUAGGAUCCUACACAGACAGUUUUCACCCCCUUUUCUUCUACUGAGAGGAGAUAUAUUUGUUUUAUUAUUUGCUAGAACUAAUGGUAAUUUGGGGGGUUGGUUUAUUUUUUUCACAAUUAACCAGAAUUCAACUGUCUUUGUUUAAUUCUUUUUAUUAACAUUAUUGUUAGUGUUGUGUAUAUUCUUGUGGUUCUGCUUUUUUUCAUUCUGUGCUAUCUUAUAGACGUUUUCCCAUGUUUCUCUUCCUCAUUUUGUAUAUUUUUGGUGAAGGGGGGGAAAGUAGUCUGUACUUGCCAUAGACUGCAAGCCAGUACAUGACUACAAUAUAAACUCCCUGGGAACAGGGAUUGUCUUGCUUUUUUUUUUAAUCAGUAUACUUAGUACCAUUCUCAACACAAAGUAGGCACUUUUUAAAAAAUGCUUCCCCCCCCCCCCCAUUUCUUCAUUCCUAGAUGAAGCUUCCCUUUGGAGUAGGUGCCACGGACUCCCCCAUUUCUGGUCCCUCUUGUACCAUACCAGGCCUUCAGCCCAGGCCCCUGACCUGUGGCAGCCCCACCAGCUGCUGCUUUCGUAAGGGCUCCUUUGCUUGUCUUCAUUGUCACCCUGGCAGAGACAAUGAGCUAUCUCUACUCUGUCCAUAUGAGAAAAUCCCAGUCCUUCCCUAAUGUAACAGAAACAUGUUUGUGCCUUUGGAAAGCCACGGGUGGCUCCGAGACCUUUUGCCUAGGGCUGCUUCCUGUCUACUUGCCAAGUGUAGCUAUGUACUAGUCUUUUUCUCCUAGAGCCUCCGGCUCCUGGAGGGGACAUGGCACAUUUGUGUAUGACAAUCAUCAUCGUCCUAAUAGGCUACGUGGCAUACUAGAUAGAUGGUUGGCCUUGGCUCCAAGAAGAUUUCAGCCCAAAUCCUGCCUCUGGGUGACCUGGCUAACUUCGCAAUUCUUUAGGCCACUCUAAGGCCAUAAAUUGCAGAAAAAGGGCUGACCUGCAUAGAAUACCCUUAUCCAGGAGUUCCACUGUGCCAGUAAAAUCACUGGUCAAUCCUUCCUAUUUCUAUCCUAAUAAUAACUCCUUUAAGGACGUCAGUGACAAAAGGCCUCACAUGUACUACAAAGAUAGUCAUGACAGUAUUUCUGGUUCUGGUAGCCCAGACCUAGAACUAACAAGGAUACCUAUCUUUCGGGAAAUGACUGAGAAAAUUGUGGUAGAUGAUUUUACUAAAAUAUUGCACUAUUAGGAAUGACAAAUCUGAGGAAUUCAGAAACUUGGGAAACUGGAUGAACUGAGACAGAAGAGAAAAAAAAAUUGAAGCAAGAAAGCAAUCUACAAAAUGAUUGUAUUGCUUUAAAUGAAAACAAAAAUAAAAUGCCACCAAACUCAGAAUAAUUGCAGUGAUCAAUCUUGUUCCAUAGAAAAAAGGAACUCACUCAAAAUCAGGAAAAAGCCCCAGGGGCAGGACUUCCAAAAAUCCAUUUAAAUAUCAAAUUAUUAAGAUAGGGCUGGCCCAAAUGAUCUCUUUUUCUAGGUAUUUAUCAGGGAUUUGUUGUUGUUGUUAAUAAUUGUUCUAAUUUACAGUUGUUAUGCAUAUUCUUUUUUAAAAAAUAAGAAUAUUUCUCCCUCGUUGAUGCCACCUCCCCCUUGUUUUUCCCACCCCCGUGAACAAUUAUUAAAAGUUUCUUCUUAGUAAAGAAAGAGUAGUGACCAUGAAGAUAGAAUGUUGCAUACACUAUCAGUUAUUGUUGCUUUGUUAGCUGGUUUUGUUCAAUUUUUGUUCUUUGUUACAAGGGAGGAUUCAGUUCCGGGCAGAGUAUAUUGAGAAAUGAUUUCUGAUGUUAAGAAAAAAAGCAUAAAUAAAAGUCGGUAGUUGGUAAUGUUAUAUUACUGUACUAUGUAAAACAAUGGGUAUGAAGAUUUCAGAAAAUCAUUGGAAGACUUAUAUAAACUGAUGCAGAAUGAAGUAGAAAACUAGGUAGAUAAUAUGCAUAAUGAUGCAAAUGGAAAGAACAAAAAAAUAAAUAAAUAAAGCUGAAUGCCGUGUAAUUUUAAUGACCAAACCGCCCCAGAGGAGAGACUCUGGGCCUUGGAACCGAUAAUUCAGUAUCGAUUCUAAGAAGGUAAGAGUUUUUAAAAAGCAAAAAAAAUUAUAAGUACCUCCUUGCAAAUAGGGGACAGGGGGGAGCUCUCAAUGUGGAACAUUGAAUAUACCAUAUAAGGACAGAUUUGGUUGAUGAGGUCAAAAGUUUUGCCAAGCUGCUUUUUUUUUCUUUAUUUCAAGAUAAAUGGAUUUAUUUGGAAAUGAAAGUGAUGGUAAAACAAAAGACAGCCUUGAAUUUACAAAGAUCAAAGUCAAGGACUGGAGGGGGAAGAAAAAUUCUGGAUAUUCUAGGUGGGAGCUAGGUUGCAGGUUAACUGCCAGCCCAGCAUGAGAUGUUUGUAUGUUAUCUUAGAGAUAACAAGAAAUUGUUGCAUUUUUUAAGCAGGGGAAUGGCAUUCUCAAUACUGGAAUGAUUAAGCAGAUUAUGGUAUGUGAAUAUCGUGGGAUUAUUUUGCUAAAAGAAAUUUAAAAAUACAAAGAAAUGUAAGAAGACUUUAAUAAAUGUGCAGAUGGGAAUGACUUGGAAAGAUUUUAGAAUUCCAAUUAGUGCAAUGAUAAACCAGAGUCCAAAAGAUUGUACAUUAAUCAUGCUAUUUACUUCUUGCAAUGAUAAACCUAAAAUUUAGAAUGAGUCAUGUAUUUGUGGCUAUGGCCAUUGUGGGGAUUUGUUUUGAUGGACUAUGGAUAUUUGUUCUUUAGGUUUUUUUUAAUUGUUCAUUUAAGAAUGUACAUUAUGACUUUGUAAAUUAGGAGCCAUUAGGAGCCAAGCCAUUUACAAUCACUUUCAGCCAUCUGGGUUUGACAUCUUGCCAUCCAUGUAGAGUACCUUCCCUCUUUCCCUCCCCUCACCCCCAUUUUCUAUCCUUUGUUUGGGGAAUAGUUUCUGUUGAAACUAUGCAGAUAAAAAUUUUCUACUAAGGACUGCUUUGUCUGCAACUCAAGAGUUUUCAUAUAUUGUAUCAUGAUUGUUUUCUUUGAUAAAAUUAUUUAUUGUUAAUAUGACUUGUUGUUGACCUCCACAUUUUUAAAGGAUUAUACUAUUUAGUCUCUACUUGGGGCUGAAUCCCUUCUUCAAAUUUCUCUUAUUGAUUAUAAUUUUUAUUGCAUUGUGGUCAGUAAAGAAUGUGUUUAAUAUUUAUGCUUUCUGCAUUUUUAUGAAUUCUUUAUGCUUAGCACACGGUCAGUUUUUUAAAGUUACAAUGUAAGACUGAGAAUUAUGUAUGCUCCUAUUGAUUCCCAUUCCUUAAUGGCCAGAAGUUUAUCUAACUCUUCUAAAAUUCUAUUCAGAUCCUUGACUUCAUUCUUACUUAUACUGUUAUUGGGUUUGUCCAGGUCUACCAUUGUUUCUGGAAAGGAUCUGUCAACUAACUGCUCUGUGACUCCAUUCAUCAUGCUUCCUAAACCAAAACGGGCUUCCUUGGCCACCUAGAUGUAUUGUCUCUUAUUAUUCGAAUCUGAACUCCUUGAGAGUUGGGACUUGUCUUGAUUGUGUAUUUGUAUCCUUGGUGCUUAGCAUAAUGCUUAGUACAUAAUAAGAGCUUAAUAAAUGCCUUUUCUUUCACUCAUUCAA